CCGGUCACAUGACAAGUUAGAGAAACGUCAUCAAAAUGGCUGAACAACCAAGUAAAGCAGACAUUACUACAAUUUUUAAACGUUUACGAUCUAUUCCCGCAAACAAACAAUGUUUUGACUGUAAUCACAGUAACCCAACAUGGGCCAGUGUGACAUACGGUGUCUUUCUGUGUAUCGACUGCUCAGCUGUCCACCGGUCACUCGGUGUCCACAUCACGUUCAUCAGAUCAACACAGCUGGACACGAACUGGACAUGGCUUCAACUACGGGCGAUGCAGGUUGGCGGCAAUGCCAAUGCUUAUGCGUUUUUCCAUCAACAUGGAUGCGACUCGACUGACGCCCAGAAGAAAUACCAUAGUCGGGCGGCUCAUCUGUACCGAGAGAAGCUUCUCACUCGCACACAGAAUGCCCUUAGAUUACAUGGGACAAAGCUUCAUAUAGAUUCAGUGAAAGAGCCUACAUCACCGAGAGAGAAAGAAGAGGAUUUCUUUAAUGCACACACCAAGAUAGAAGAGCCAGUUCCCGCUUCAAUUGCUGACGGCGAAAAGCUUUUCUCCACUCCAAAACCUGUUAGCAACGGAAAUGCUAGAAGUACAAAAGACAUAGACCCAAAUGAAGGACCAAAAGUGGACCACGUUUUGAGUAUGUCCCCAACUGAGGCUAUUGCAGUUGCCGAGCCGAGGAAGACAAUUAUUGGAGCUAAGAAAACUGCAGCAGCAAGGAAAGGAAAGAGUGGGUUUGGAGCUCAGAGAGUGAAGACCAACUUCAAUGAGAUUGAGAACCGAGCCCAGCAGCUGGACAAGGAGCGCGAAGACUUGGUCAAGAUGAACGAAGUUAAAAAUGUCAAAACAAAAGAAGAACAGGAGACACAAAUGGCCUCCAUGAGACUAGCCUACAAAGAUAUGAGUUUGGAACGCAAAAAACAGGAAGACAAGUUAAAGGCGGCUGAUCCACAGAAAGCAGUACAGUUUGAAAGACUGGGCAUGGGGUUUGCUGGCAAUAAAGGUAUUAGCCAUUCUGCAGUGUUUGACAUGCAGACGAUAGAACAGGAGUCGCCACAUGACAACGACAGAGGUGGCGGGCGCUAUGGGCGCAAAGCCAACAAGUGGGGUCGAGAUAAAGAUUUCUUUGAGGACGAAAUUGAGAUGUUUGGAGGUGGCUUUUCUAAAGGUUUUGGUGAUGGUUCCUAUGGUUCUAAGAAAGACUCCUAUGGUGACAGUUCAUAUGGUUCGAAAAACGAUGACUUUGGAACCUGGGGCAACCCAAAUAAGGGAGGCUCGUGGGACAUAGACAGAUUUGAAAGUAAACAGAGCAAGUCUGAAACAAUGGCGUCUAAGCAAGACGAUAGCAAUCCUGAACCAAUGGAAACUGAUGAUGAUUGGCCAAGCCGGAACCGGAAGACGUACGAACCCGCUACCUCGACAGAAGCACAGCAACGUUUUGGCAGUGCGAAGGCCAUUUCUUCAGACACAUACUUCGGAAACAAAGACCCUGAUUUUGAGUCUCGACAGGCAUUAUCCAGACUAGAAGGAAAAUCUGGCAUUUCCAGCGAUGACGUGUUCGGUACGAAUAAACCAUCCAAACCAGACUACUACUCAAACACCCCCGAUCUGCAGGACAUUAAAGAUGGAGUGAGGGAAGGUGUCACUAAAGUUGCAGGAAAACUUUCCAGUCUAGCCAAUGGUGUGAUGAAUAGUUUACAGCGUAAAAAAUAGCACCAAAAUGGUGAAGGAUCGCUAUGGAAGUUAACACUGCAAACACACUGUGACGACGACGCUUCAACCUGUGGCUGGAGUUGGUAUCCGAGAGAGUACACACAAACGUUUCUAUAGAAACAUGCACAGAAAUAGGACUGUUUGCUGUCACAGAAGUGGGGCCUGUUGAACAUUCAGCAAUUGGAAACAAUUCACCCAUUCAGAAGAUUUUAUCUAAAUUUGUCCAUUUGAGUUUGGUUUAUUACUGAUUUUGUCACACUCCCAAUCUAUGUUCUGUGGAAUUCUGUCUCAGAUGCAGUAGUUGUAAUUUGCAUUCUAACAAUAAUUUAAACAGUUACCUAUCUGCACAUGACAUGUAGCACAGAUUUAGCUGAAAAUUAAUGUAUUGGGAUUAGAAUGUCAAUUGCUCUUGUAAUGCUUGACGAUUCAUCCGUGAUGCUUCUGUAAUGGUAACCAGAUGUUACGGAUGUGAACUAUGUACUCUGAUAUUGCAGCCUGUUCAUCUAAAGCAGUAUUUCUCAAUCUGUUCUCUUCUUUUUGUUGGGGUUUUUCUGAGUGAUUCAGUAAUUAAAAUAAGUCGAGAACGGUCAUGCAGGUUAUCGGAAGGUAAUCACAUGUCAAGAAUAGUUCUUCGUCCCCCCAAAAAUCUUAUUAAUAUAAGUGCCACAUAAUGUUCAUCAGUUGUGUGCUAUUAAAAGAUCAGAUACAAAUGUAUUUUGGUUUCAAUACAGUAAGAACAAUGAUUUGAAUGAAUAACAAAGUUUUAGUGCUUUAUGACGAGAUUAUUAUUAUAGACUGUUAUGAUAAUGGGAACUGUAAACCUGAUAAAUGUGUCGUAACCAGGCCCAUAAUCUGUGCACAAACCGUGCUUAUUUUGAAGCCUGCUGUUCACUACAAUUCAGCUUAAAGGUAAAAGAUCUUCUGAAAACUAUAUACUGUAUUGGUUCAAACUAAGUUUAGAAAGAAAUUACACAGUGCAGUAAUAAGGUGACCAUAUACCUGUAAAAUAUUGCUCACACUAAAAUAUAAAAUAAUACAAGUAUAAGUAAAAAUAUAUUUACUAAAAAUCUAAAUAUGUGUUUUAGAACUUCAUUAAAACACACCUGCUACAGAACACUGAUUCAGAAACAUUUUGUUUCCAGUCAGCUUAUCUGGAUUGUUUCCAGUCUGCUUGUCUGGGUUGCUUCCAGUCAGCCUCUCUGAAUUGCUUCCAGUCGGCUUCUCUGGAUUGCUUCCAGUCGGAUUGCUUCCAGUCGGCUUCUCUGGAUUGCUUCCAGUCAGCUUCUCUGGGUUGCUUCCAGUCGGCUUCUCUGGGUUGCUUCCAGUCGGCUUCUCUGGAUUGCUUCCAGUCAGCUUCUCUGGAUUGCUUCCAGUCAGCUUCUCUGGAUUGCUUCCAGUCAGCUUCUCUGGAUUGCUUCCAGUCAGCUUCUCUGGAUUGCUUGUAUUGAUUGUUAAAAGGUUCCACAUGACAUCUCGAGUUCAUUUUUCAUAAAUGAUGUUCUGUUCAUGUCUUCAGUGUCUUAUCUCCCUGCUCUACAUGUACAUGACAUUGUAUAAAUGUGUUUUGGGUCACGUAAAGCCUACAAGAUUUAAUCCACAUCUCGUCUGUGUUUAGGCUAUUGAUUGGUCUGUAACCCGUGUCCCGUUUCAACCAAGAUAAAAAGUGAACAUUAGAAAGAGAAUUAGUAAAAAAUUAGAAUCCAUGGUUACUGGUUCAAGUUCCAUUGUGUAUAAUAAGCUGAUUUCAUUUCACUGCUGUGUUGCCAUGAACUCUCUUCAGAAACCUUUUUCCUUUAGCCUGAAGAUAAAUUUUUAAAUAUUGAAAUAUUGAGCAGUCAGUCCUUUAAUAUGCAAUAUCAUAUUAGCCAAAGAAAUGUUUUUUUUAUUUUAUUUAAAAAAAAGAAGAGAAUUUGGCUAAUUUCACUGCUGAUGGGAUAAACUCCAACAUCCUUUGUUUUAUUAAUAUUAAGUUCUUAAAAUUAAUUACCAGUUAAUAUCUUACCAUUACAAAAGUAAUAAUAACACUGUUUACGUUAAAUGCACUUUUCAGUUAAUCUUUCUACAUUCUAGGGAUGCUGAUGGAUAUGGAUAUAAACUUAUGUACACGGAUUUCAAUUCAUAUUUCUGUAUCCAGAAAAAGUUAAACCUUCCAGUAGCUAACAGACCAUUUAUGUGUACAUUUAAAUUAAUGUGAUUGUCACUUAAUCUUUCCUUGCAAUGAACAAAAAACCAAUCUUAACAUUUGUUAUUUGUUUUUGCACUGAAUCUUUUUGCAGCCUAGAAUAAUGCUAAAAAAAAAACCAACACCUUAAGCACAAACUAGUUGAUAUUAUUUUUUCUGUUUUUAUUUUAAAAGCAAUAUUUUCUUUCAUCAAUGUUAGAUAAACUUUUGAUGUAGAAAUGCAAGCUAUUAAAUAUCACAAUUCUUAUCAAAUGUUUUCAUAUCUUAGAUAA